AUGGAGGUUGAAUCACUGGGUGGAAGCAGAUAUUUUCUGACUUUCAUUGAUGAUGCUUCUCGAAAGGUGUGGGUAUAUUUCCUGAAUACGAAGGACCAGGUGUUUGAGUACUUCAAGUCAUUUCACGUCAUGGUGGAACGUAAAACAGGAAAGAAGUUGAAAUGUCUCCGAUCUGAUAAUGGAGGCGAGUAUACUUCCAAGGAGUUCGAUGCAUAUUGCAGGACAUAUGGCAUUCGACAUGAGAA